UUAUACAUCGCUCUCCCUCCCAAAAGCAUGUGACCAUGUGAUCUCACUCACUGCAGACACAACUUGUGACCACAACAGCAGGAGAAAGAAGCAGCUCGGCGCGCUCUGCCAGAUAUAAACUGCCCCGCAACCACUCCGCAACCCUUCUCCAAUCUCUCCAUCUCCGACAGACAACAUGGACUGCGGGAUUUUCACGUCCAAGAGCGUCCUCCUCUUCCUCAGCCUGAUAUUUUGGGCUGCAGGAGCGGCGCUGGCCUACGUUGGCGCCUAUGUGAUCAGGAGCUACAACAGCUUUGACAGUUUCAUUCAGGACAAGUACACACUGAUCCCAGCUGCCAUAAUCAUUGGCGUCAGCGUGGUGAUGUUCAUCUUUGGUCUGAUUGGAUGCUGCGCCACAAUCCGGGAGUCCAAAGUCGGCCUUAGCUUUUUCUUUCUCAUAAUCAUGGUGAUCUUUGCCGCUGAAGUAGCAGCUCUGGUAUUUAGCUUCAUCUACCAAGGCAAGAUAAACGCAGACCUGGAGCGCUCUAUGAACGAAGUCUUCAUGAAAUAUGACGGAGAGGGCGGUGAUAACAACGCUGUGGAUAUCCUGCAGUCUCAGUUGCAAUGCUGUGGUGUCCUAAAUUACACCAGCUGGUCAAACACUACCUGGUUUAGCAGCCACAACAACACUGUGCCUAAGUCCUGCUGUAAAAACACCACAGAGUGCACUGGCAGAAUGGAUCAACCAGACCUGCUCAAUGUACAGGGUUGUGAAGUGAAGCUGGAUCGCAUCCUACAGGAUGUGCUGGGUUACGCCAUGCUGGUCAUUCUGGGCUUCGCCAUCAUCAAGUUCUUUGGGAUGCUGAGCGUUUGUGUGAUCACCUGUAAAUCUGGCAGCCGGAGGAGCGGCUAUCAGCCUCUGUAUGCCUGAGCCACCUCCUGCAACCGCCUCCCGCCUCCUCAUUUUGCUUGACUAGGUUUGCCGUUCACUCACUCAGCAGUGCACCUAUGCAUCCAGGCCAAUCAUUGUACAAAGUUUUAUUUAAAUUACGUAUGCACAUGUAGCAUACCUUGUCUCAGUCUAAGGGGGAUCACACCAGAGCAUUCCUCCACAUAUGAAAUCAGCACAAAUGUUCUUAUGUAUUGUUAUAUAAUUUCACUAAAUGUGGCUCUCAGGUGUGAGUAAUUGUCUAAAUUUCCAUCUGUGUGGAUUUUAUUGUAAAGUUUUCCAAAAUAUUCCAUAUAUUUGAGCAGUGCAUGGUAUAUGCGCCGUCUCAGUCCAGCUACUGUAUUAUUCUUUUACGCAUUUUGUCAUUAAAAAUGAAAGAACAGAGGUUUAUUACCUUAUUUAGGGCUACAAUAUUUAUAACCAAAUGAAUUCAGUAUAUACUUAUAUAUUUUAUGGUCAGUUACCAAUAUUGAAUUAAGUGACAGUUCACCGUAGCUUGACUUUGGUUUCGUUUAUUAUGUUUCUAAAUUAAAAGCUGAAAAAUUAAAAAUCAAUUUGGAUUUUGGUGCAGUUA